GCGGUGAGGAUAUGCCCGAAUAAAUGACGUCGUCAAGUGAGGCCUAAUGAGGUCCAACAGCGUCACUUGGUUGUUAUUGUGUUUCUCACAAUCUUGUGAGUGUUCAUGUUGCUGAUAUUCUAUCUGGGAUAAUAUUAUGCUCGCUCAUGUCACUGAUAUCAGCAUUUCGCCCACCAUCGAUGCGCGGAUCAUCGUUGCGCCACCGAUCUCCUCACAGACGACGAGGCAAGGAAGGGGAUAGAUUGGUAGAGGGAGAACAAGGAGUAGAUGUGCUCAUCGCUCCCUCGAAACAUACUCCGCGCAGGCCACUGCGAGCGUUGCGGGGUUCUGUGUCUGCCGGCGGGCGUCUACGUCCCUUCCGGCUGGUAAAGCAGGAUAUACUCGGUCUGCGUCGACGAUGGUUAUCCGACUGGCAGGUCUUCAACCAAUUAAUAAUUGCCAGUGCCGUCUAUGUUUUCUUCACCAACUUGCUGCCGGGGAUCACCUUUGCCAGUGAUUUAUAUGUCUCGACUGGCAAGAAUUGGGGUACUAUAGAGGUCGUGUUGAGCACAGGUCUCUGUGGGACUAUCUUUUCUCUCUUUUCAAUCCAGCCAUUGACCAUCCUGGGUGUGACGGGUCCGUUCUCCGUGUUGGCUGAGAAUAUAUAUUCUCUCUGCCAAGAUGUCUUCCAGAUACCGUUUCUCCCUUUCAUGGCCUGGUCUCUUAUCCAUGCUGCAUGGUUGCAUUACGUGUUGGCCAUUGUUAAUGCCCACGACUGGACCAUGCGCUAUGUGACGACGUUCGCGACGGAGAUUUUCUCUCUGCUCAACAGCAUCAUCUACUUUCAUAAAGCCAUCCAGGAAUUGCAGCGAGCACACGACAGUCUAUCCUUCGCAGCUUUUCUGUACGCGGUGAUAGGCGCCGUCGGGACAAUGCUGCUCGCCAUCUUCCUGUCAACAGCCGAGAGCUGGCGCCCCCUCUUCCAUCGAUAUGUCCGACUCGGUCUCACCGAGUAUGCUGCGGCCAUCUCAAUAAUUAUUUUCAUUGGCCUGCCGCACGUAGGGGAACUGGCACAAUUGGAUAAAAUGACCCUUGCCGUGAGUACCUCCCUCAAGCCCACUUCACCAGACCGGCAGAUAUUUUUCGUCGAGUUCUGGAAACUCCCGCUUAGUUGGAUUUUUACCGCCAUUAUACCGGGUAUCAUCAUCACCGUUCUUUUCUUCUUCGAUCAUGAGGUCAGCUCCAUCAUCUGCACCAUCGACCGCUAUGGCACUCAGAAACCGGGUGGGUUCGCCUGGGACAUCAUCUUGCUAGGGACUACAACGGCGCUGUGCGGUAUUCUUGGGAUUCCGCCUGCAAAUGGGCUGCUGCCACAGGCCCCUUUACAUUCCGAAUCCUUGAUGCACACAGAGCACGAACAGGUCACGGUGGUUGUCGAUGGGGAAAGUAAAGUUGAAGCCCGCAAGGUCCGACGAGUCUACGAGCAACGAUGGUCGUCCCUCUUGCAUGCUGCGGCAAUCCUUGCCUUUCUAAGCCCGCCUUUGAUGAAAGUCCUUGGGUUGACGCCGACAAGCGUGCUCGCUGGGCUCUUCCUCUUUAUGGGCGAGCAAAGUCUAUCUGUGAAUCCAAUUUUAUAUCGAACCUUCUAUAUCCUCACUCCACCCUCCGAACUGCCUGCUUUGCCGGCAUCUCUGCGGCUGUCUGAGGAGCGAGCCGCAGAUGACCAUCCUCCUGCGAACCCCUCAUAUCUUCCCAUCCACCUCUACACACUCCUGCAGAUCGCCAUCACGGUGGUGAUCUUCAUUCUUACUCUGACCCGCGGAGCACCCGCCUUCCCGAUCUUGAUCAUUGCUCUUGUUCCGUUCCGUCUGCUGGUGAUGGUACGCUGGUGGAGACGCGAGGUGCUUCGUUUCGUGGAUACUUGGGCCUGUCGAGAAGGUAGUCCGGAAGAUGACGAGGAUUCAGCAAAAGAGAUGGCCUCACGGGCUGAAGUAGAAGCCGAAGGAGAAGAAGGCGUAGACGGUGAUCAGCAAACGCCGUUGAAAAAUCUGACUCCCAUGGAUGGCGAUGGCCUAGACGGUGGGAUCGGCCUUCAAGACGCGUAACUAGCCUGGAUAUCGGGUACGGCUGGAUCGAGCCGCGGAGUAGCCUGCAGCUUCACUUGGACGAAGAGCUGGGGACGAGAACUAGUCAUCCCGGAUGAGAGUGUAUGAUGCUGGAUUUGCUCUAAAUCAAAAAAGAGAUAGAACUACAAUGGGGACUUCAAUAAGGGGCCAUAUAUACAUAUCGUCUAAUCAUUGG